UAUAUGUGUGUGUGUGUGUGUGUGUCGUGUGUGUAUAUAAGCUAGUUGUGUAGCAGAGUGGAGAAUAGUGUCCAUUCCAGUCAUAAGAAAUGGGUGUCUUCUCACAUUGCCUAUCCUUCUAUUCAUUGGGUGUGGUGUUACUAGUCAUUUGCAAUAUUGCUCGCGCCGAAGACCAUUUCUAUGAUUUUGUUCUAAAGGAGUCGAAUUUUACAAGAAUGUGCAGUACGAAGAGCAUGUUGGUUGUGAAUGACAGUUUUCCGGGGCCUGUUAUUACUCUGCGCAAAGGAGAUACUGUGUUUAUCAAUGUUCACAAUGAAGGAGAAUAUGGUCUAACAAUUCAUUGGCAUGGAGUGAAGCAACCAAGGAAUCCAUGGUCGGAUGGUCCAAAUCACAUCACACAGUGUAAGAUCGAGUCCGGGACAAAUUUCACCUACAAGGUCAUAUUUUCUACUGAAGAAGGGACCUUAUGGUGGCAUGCCCAUAGUGACUGGACUCAGAGUAGUGUCCAUGGUGCCAUUGUUAUCUUGCCAGCUGAAGGGACCUCUUACCCUUUUCCCGAGCCUGAUGGAGAUGAAGUCCUAAUACUAGCAUCUUGGUACAAAGCAGAUCUACCUGCUGUGCUCGAAGUGGAUCUAUCUGUCGGUGCAGACUUGCCACGAGCAGAUUCUUAUGUCAUUAAUGGCUACCCAGGAGCUUCCUUUGAAUGUGAUGAGGAAGCAUACAGAUUCUUUGUAGAGUAUGGCAAGACCUAUCUUCUCCGCCUCAUCAAUGCAGCCGUGAACUCAGAACUCUUCUUCGCGAUUGGUGGUCACAACUUCACUGUCGUCGGAAUGGAUGGGAACUACUUGAAGCCCUUUUCGACCUCAAGAGUGGUGAUAUCUCCAGGACAAACCAUGAACAUUCUACUCACAGCGGAUCAGACACCGAGUCUCUAUUUUGUGGCUGCAAAACAAUUUGUCACAGUUGGGGAUGCUGAUAUAGAAAACGCUACUGUGGCGAUUAUGGAGUACAUAGGUGACUAUGAUCCUCCAUCUUCACCUGUGUUUCCUGUGAGCCUUCCUGACAAAAGAGACAUUACAAUCGGAAAUGGAUUCUUGUCUGAGCUUAAGAGCUUAGCAAGUGAAGACCACCCAGUGAACGUGCCACUAGAGAUCACUACCCAUAUGUAUAUUGACGCAUCCCAGAAAGAAAUGGAAUGCCCACAUGGGUGCCCAACCCUGGAUGGAAAGAAGAUCAGCUCAGCAUUGAACAACAUCACUUUUCAGAACCCAACUCGGGAUAUACUGCUAGCCUAUUACAGGAACUUAACUGAUGUUUACACUGACGAUUUUCCGGACAGACCGGAACAUGUUUUCAACUUUACUGGGUACAAUUUGACAACUGCGAAUUAUACUACACCAUCUAUAGGGACCAGAGUGAAGAUGCUAGACUACAAUGAAACAGUUGAGAUAGUGUUCCAAGGGACCAAUGUGUUGGAAGGAGCUGUGAAUCACCCAAUGCAUCUUCAUGGAUACAGCUUUUAUGUAGUUGGAUCAGGGAUUGGAAAUUUCGACAAUGACACCGAUCCAAAAUCAUAUAAUUUGGUCGAUCCACCUGAAUUGAAUACCAUUCGAGUUCCUAAAAAGGGAUGGGUGACUGUCAGAUUCCAAGCGAACAAUCCAGGUGUGUGGCUGUGGCAUUGUCAUUUGACUAAGCAUCUCACUUGGGGUAUGAAAACUGCAUUUAUAGUGAGAGAUGGUGGCACUCCUGAGACAAGCAUGUUGGAUCCCCCUCCGUCGAUGCCUAGAUGUAGUAAAUCGUUCAGACAUUAUAUCCAAGACUAUGAUCAUUCAUUUGAGAUGUCUAUAUAUUAAUCAUGAGCUUGAUUAAGUGCUCAUUAAUAUUAUUAUUGAGACAAUUUAUUUCUUCGAUUUGUUACAAGAACAAUAUUAUUGGUAUUUUGUAGUGAACAAUAUAAAAUGAGUCUGCAGUGUGUUGUAGUACUAUUAUCAUCAUUGCUGCGCGCUUUUGUAAUUUUUUCAUGAAAGUUCUUUCAAUGUUGAUAUAUAUAUCAUAGACACUGUUUUGCUUCA